AUGAAUACCAUUCAAGGUUCAUCAACAGAACAACGUCGUCGUGUCGGUUUAGUAUACGAUGAACGAAUGUGUAAGCAUUACGAUCCUUGUGACGAAAACCAUGAAGAAUGCCCCGGACGUAUUCUUUCUAUUUGGAACAAACUUACGUCCACCGGACUCACAAAGAGAUGUUUGGUGUUUGGUGCAAAAGAAGUAGAUGAGAAAUAUAUAUCUGCAGUUCAUACAAAUGAUCACGUUGACUUAAUCAAGACUAUUAGCUCUAAUAGUGAAAGAAACGACGAGGCUCGAGGUUACAGUUCGGUAUAUUUCAAUGACGGUUCAUCGGAAUCUGCUUAUCUUGCGGCUGGAUCAGUUGUUGAGGCUGCUGAGAAAGUUGCAAAAGGAGAACUUAAUUCGGCCUUUGCUAUUGUUAGACCUCCAGGACACCAAGCGGAAGAUUGUAAACCCAUGGGAUUCUGCCUUUUUAACAAUGUUGCAAUUGCGACAAGUUUUCUCCUUAACCAAAAAGAAUUGGGUAUCAACAAGAUAUUGAUAGUUGAUUGGGAUGUUCAUCACGGAAACGGUACUCAAAAGAUGUUCUAUGACGAUCCUCGAGUGCUCUACUUUUCCGUUCACAGACAUGAUUCCUUUGUUUUUGUCUUGAACGGCAAAGUAAGACAUGAACGCUUUUAUCCUGGUGGUGAUAAUGGUUCACACAUCAUGACUGGUUCGGGUCAAGGUUUAGGGUACAAUAUAAACGUUCCAUGGCUGAAUGGUGGGUGCGGGGAUGCAGAUUAUAUUACAGUUUGGAACCAUAUUUUGAUCCCGGUUGCAAGAGAAUUCAAACCCGACGUAAUCAUGGUUUCAGCAGGAUUUGAUGCAGCAAUGGGUGAUCCUCUUGGAGGAUGUUGCGUCACCCCAAAGGGUUACGCUCUAAUGUUGCAAAAGCUGAUGGAGUUUAGCAGCGGAAAGAUUGUUAUGGCGUUAGAAGGAGGUUACAAUCUUGAAUCUACAUCAAACUCGGUGCACGCUUGUAUGGAAGUGUUGUUAGACAACAAACCUAUUGAUGAAUCCGUCAAGGACGAUCCAUUAAAUUCCACAUGGGAGUGAUCAAAACGGUUCGCAAGGAAUUGAGUAGAUUCUGGCCAACACUUUCAGAGAAGCCGCCUCAGACCUCAACAAAGGUGGAUCUUACGAUUCCUCUUUCACAACUGAAACUUAGUGAAGAAGAUGCUUAAGGUGACACGGUUGUUGUUGAAGUACUUUGAUAUGGAUCGGCUGAGAAGUGCAGGGGUGCAGAGUGAUAUGCACCAAGUUUAGGUUUAGACUAAUUGGUUAAUAAGGCCUAUGUAGUUAUUGUUAUGGUCGACUUAAUAUGUCCAUUGUAGAGCUUGUAGAAGCAAGGGGAGCUCGAAUCCUGAAUUAUACCAUCAUUUAGCGUGAUUCAUCUUUCAUGUUGUUAAAUUUUCCAACAUAGCCACGGGUCAAAUACUAUUAGUCCGUUAGGUCAAAUGCUAUUAACCUGGCUUUUCGCGUA